ACUCCACUGGACUUGGAUUGGUCCAGAGGAAGCAGAGAAGGAGCCACUCUGAACAUUUUUUUCCCCUUCACACACCAUAAAAAUCAGCAGCAGCUACUAACAGUCAAAGCAAAGCUUCAGGUUGGGAACCGAUACGUCCGAGAGGCAGCUGAUGUGAGCAUGUGCACACAGAUCUGUCUCCCAAUAGCACAGCAGCUACUAGGCAAAUUAUUUUGAAAAGACCUGAAUGCAUGCGACUCAAGUUAAAGUGGAAGUGAGAACAAAAAAGCAAACAGCAGACUCGACUGAAUGAGCAUCUUGAAGCCUAAGAUUUCGAAAUGAUGCUGAUCCGAGGCGUACCUGAAAGAGACUAAAAACUCCAUUUCAAGCUUCGGAGCAUGUGACAUUUAUUCACAACAGGCAUGCCAGUUUCAGCCUUCUAACUUUCAGACACGUAAAGACGUGGAGAAGAUCGCUGACGCUGCCUGACCCAGGAGGUUAAGUCAAUCCAGAGGGGAUCGGAAUCCCCCUGGUACAGGAUGAACUCUACCCAUCACCAUGGAAUGCACACUUCUCUCCACUUCUGGAACCACAGCACCUACGGACUGCACAGCAAUGCCAGUGAGUCCCUUGCAAAAGGCUACUCAGACGGAGGGUGCUACGAGCAACUUUUUGUCUCUCCUGAGGUGUUUGUGACUCUGGGUGUCAUAAGCUUGUUGGAGAAUAUUCUGGUGAUUGUGGCAAUCGCCAAGAACAAGAAUCUGCAUUCACCCAUGUACUUCUUCAUCUGCAGCCUGGCUGUGGCUGAUAUGUUGGUGAGCGUUUCCAACGGGUCAGAAACCAUCGUCAUCACCCUAUUAAACAGCACAGACACAGACGCACAAGGGUUCACCGUGAAUAUUGACAAUGUCAUUGACUCGGUGAUCUGUAGCUCCUUGCUUGCAUCCAUUUGCAGCCUGCUUUCAAUCGCUGUGGACAGGUAUUUUACUAUCUUUUAUGCCCUCCGGUACCAUAACAUCAUGACGGUUAAGCGGGUCGCGAUCAUCAUAAGUUGUAUCUGGGCAGCUUGCACAGUGUCGGGCAUUUUGUUCAUCAUUUACUCAGAUAGCAGCGCUGUGAUCAUCUGCCUCAUCACCGUGUUCUUUACCAUGCUGGCUCUCAUGGCUUCUCUCUAUGUCCACAUGUUCCUCAUGGCCAGGCUUCACAUUAAGAGGAUCGCCGUCCUCCCAGGCACUGGCGCCGUCCGCCAAGGUGCCAACAUGAAGGGGGCGAUUACCUUGACCAUAUUGAUUGGGGUCUUUGUUGUCUGCUGGGCCCCCUUCUUCCUCCACUUAAUAUUCUACAUCUCUUGUCCCCAGAAUCCAUACUGUGUGUGCUUCAUGUCUCACUUUAACUUGUACCUCAUCCUAAUCAUGUGUAAUUCCAUCAUUGAUCCUCUCAUAUACGCACUCCGGAGCCAAGAACUGAGAAAAACCUUCAAAGAGAUCAUCUGUUGCUAUCCUCUAGGUGGCCUCUGUGAUUUGUCUAGCAGAUACUAAGUGGGGCCAGAUGAGAUGCUAAACACAAACAUAAGAGACUUUCUCCUUCUCAUACAUACAACUUGAACAGUGUGUUUCUGCAACAGUUUCCUCUUCUGUGUAAGGCAUGGGUUGAGAAAUUCUAUUGUAUAAUUUAAGUUUAUGAUUUUUGAUGUGAAGAAGUGCCCAGUAUCUGUGUAUUGUUAAUGUCAUGCUACUUUUUGGCUGUAAAAUGGUAAUCCAUAUUACCGGUUGUAGGCACUGUGGAUUUAUAAAAAAGAAAAAAAGUCCUUAUGAAGAGUUUAACAGUGUUUCUUUCUUGUUAUUCACAAGGAUCUGACACUGUGCUUGUUUUAGUAACAUGGAAAUCACAGCUUCGUUAAAUAUAUUCUAAUAAAUGGUUUCUUAUAUUACACUACACAACAUUGAAGUGUAGAGAUCUGAUUCUAGCAUCUAGGGGAGAAAUAUUGAAGAACAGAUGCUUAAUCAUUUUAAAAAAAGCUGAAAUUUCAAGUAAUAUAAUAAAACUUGCUCAUUACGCUUGUACAGAAGUAGAAAUGAAGCUUCUAUUGGGAGAAAAACAGUUACUU